AUGGCUCCUAUUGAAGACGCCGGCCUGUCUAUCACCUUUUCUAGCGGACGGGAGGGGCCGCCUGAUCUCCGUCUCCUCCACUUCAACGAUGUCUACCACGUCGAACCUGGCUCCUCGGAACCCAUUGGAGGAGUACAACGCUUCCAAUCCGUGAUUAACUACUACCACUGCGACCGUCGAUUUGCGGGACUGCCAGAGCUCCUGACGUUCUUCUCCGGUGACGCAUUCAAUCCGAGCUUGGAGAGCACAAUUACCAAAGGGCGGCAUAUGGUUCCAUUUCUGAACAAUGCAGGGACGGACGUUGCCUGUGUCGGGAAUCACGAUCUCGACUUCGGAAUCGCCCAGUUCAGACACCUGCGGAACCAGUGCAAAUUCCCAUGGCUGCUGGCUAAUGUCCUCGACCCCGCGUUGGGCGAGAACGUUCCGCUGGCCAACUGCGGGAGAACGGUGAUGUUGACCUCGUCGAAUGGCAUCAAGAUCGGGAUAAUUGGCCUGGGUGAGCGGGAGUGGCUGGACACGAUCAAUGCUCUACCUCCUAACCUCAUCUACAAGUCCGCUUCCGAGACGGCAAUGGAAUUGGUACCAGGCCUGCGUGAACAAGGUGCCGAAAUCAUCAUCGCCGUGACGCAUCAGCGCGAACCAAACGACAUCAAACUUGCGGAAAAGACGCCGCCGGGCCUCAUUGACAUCAUCCUCGGCGGCCACGAUCACUACUACGCCCAUUCCGUGGUCAAUGGCACUCACAUCCUCCGCUCAGGAACCGAUUUCAAGCAGCUCAGCUACAUCGAAGCCUGGCGCAAGAGAGAUGGUUCAGGGGGGUGGGAUUUCAACAUUACGCGACGAGACAUCGUCCGGACCAUCCCACCAGAUCACGAGACGACGAAUCUCGUUAUCAAACUCACCUCAGCCCUGAAAUCGAAACUGGAGAAGCCGAUUGGCUAUACUGCGAGUCCCCUGGACGCUCGAUUCACCACAGUGCGCACGCGAGAGUCGAAUUUGGGCAAUUUUGUCUGCGACCUCAUGCGCUUCUACUAUGAUGCCGAAUGCGCCAUCAUGGCCGCCGGCACCAUCCGAGGCGACCAGGUCUAUCCCCCAGGGAUCCUGCGACUCAAGGACAUCCUGAAUUGCUUCCCCUUUGAGGACCCGGUGGUUGUGCUCAACAUUCAGGGGAAGAAUAUCGUGGACGCCCUGGAAAACGGGGUCAGCCAGCUGCCUGGGCUCGAUGGUCGAUUUCCUCAGGUCUCGAACAUCACCUUUGGCUUCAAUCCAUCAGCCCCGCCGGGCUCGAGGAUCAGCUGGGUCAAGGUGGGCGGCAAACCGAUAGAGCUGGAGAGGUACUACGUUAUGGCAACGAGAGGGUACAUGUCUAGAGGCAAAGACGGAUAUGUAAGCCUGCUUGUCAAAUCGGCGGGCGGAGAAGUGGAGGAGCUGAUAUCGGAGGAGAACGGCAUAUUAAUUAGCACCAUCCUGCGGCAGUAUUUCCUGAGCUUGAAGGUUUUGGGCAAGUGGCAUCGAUGGAGCGCUAGUUUGCAUCGGCACUGGGACGGUGUGCAUGGAAAGCUGCAUGGCAAUGGAUGGCUCAAAACUCCCUCUCCUGCCGUUGAACGUCCUCCCCCUAGCUGGCGAAAGUCGGCGAAGAAAGCGACGACGACAGCGGCAACGGCACCGGAAACAGCAACGACAACGACAACAACUCCUCAAAAAUUAGCACGGCCGAAGAUCCGUCGCUAUGGCCGUUAUCACCGACAGAACAAGCCUCACAGGGCAAAGCGAACAGCGGCAGCAAAAACAACAAUGACGACAACGACAACGACAACAGAAACAGAAACAACAGCAGAGGCAUCAUCCUCGUACUCCUCAUCAGACGAGUCCUAUUCCACUACCACCACAACCUCAUCUUUUGCUCACGACGGACCGGUCAUGGAUUCCGAAUCCGACUGUGAACCAGAGAUCCUGACUUCUCCGCAAGAAGAGCUCAACUAUAUCACUUUCCCGGCGACAUCCCCGGCAGAGGAAGAGCGCAGACUGCGUCUGGCGCGAAUGGUGAUCCGGAAAUGGAUGCGACUGGCUGGGGUGCAGAGGACCAACGCGGGCUGCGUCGACGAUGCGGCUGAGGAGUUCACGCCGUGUUGGACGCAGGGCAUCGCACCACGGGUCGAGGGGCGGAUUGUUGUCGUUGAUACUGCCGCCGCCGAUGGUGGCGAGGAUCAUGGCAGUAGUUGUAACAUCGUUCACAGGAGUGGUAGGGACGACCCAGCGCCGUCUCCAACGUUAAAUAAAUGA